AAAUUUAUAGGUUAAGGUAAAACGUGCAAUUAACUUUAAUAAAAUGGGUAAUAGGAUAAUACAAUCGUUCAGUGUAAUUAUUUUUUUACUUAUUUGUAAUUAUUAUUAUACAGAAUCUGCAUUGUCUACGGAUUCAAUACAUUUUCUAAAACCAGGAGAUGUCUAUUCAAAUAACAAACCUGAAUUGAUUUUAUUUAUCUGAAUUUUUUCUAGUACAUUUUCUAAAACCAGGAGAUGUCUAUUCAAAUGACAAGCCUGGAUUACAAAUCUUUUGUCAUAAUGCCAACUCAAAAUAUUUGAUACAUAUGUGGAGGAGUUUAACAAUGCACUUAAAUACAAAUAUAGAUAAUUAUGAUUUUUAUAUUGGAAAAACUCCUCAAGAAGUAAUACAAAAACAUGAUGAUAAUCAGCGGUCUUGGAGCCUUAGUUUAUUUAGCACAAAAAAGAGUAACAAAUUGAAAAUUAAUCCAUUUGAAGAUAUAUGUAUUGGUGUAUAUGUAUAUAACAAUAUAUCUAAUUUAUAUAAAUAUACAAUGAGUAUAAUUCAAACACGUAUUGACUUCUCAGAACUAUUAUUAAUGCUACUAGGCAUUCUAAUAUUUUGGAGUGCUCAUAAACUCAGUGGAAAUCCUUUAUUUUAUUAUUUUACUUGUAUAACUCUUGGUGUUUCCACUUCAAUUAUAAUUCUAGUAUAUUUUUUUAGCAAGUUCUUAUUAAGGGGUAAACUUAUGUACUUGAUGAUCGCAACUGGUUGGACAAUGAGUUUUUAUUUAAUUCAAAUGUUAUGGGAAAAUAUCCAACAAAUCGUAGUUCAAUACAGGGAAUGGGUGGCAUGGUAUAUUUUAUUAACGUCUUUAAUCAGUUUCGUUAUUAGUUAUCGAUUUGGUCCAGUUACAAAUACUAGAACGAAAAAACUUAUCCAAUGGUUUUUACAGAUAGGAGGACUGUUAACCAUAUUUUAUAGCAGUUAUUUUCGCGAAGCAUCAUUUUUUUGUUGUCUUAUAAUUACUCUACUUUAUAAUUUUCCCAUUGCAAUAAUUCGAAAAGGACAAAAUUAUUGGAAAAACAUGUUUCCCAUAAAAAGGAAGUUAUUAACGGAAGACGAAUAUCGUAAAGAAGGAAUAAGAGAAACUAAUAAAGCGUUAGACGAAUUAAGAGAAUAUUGUUCUAGUCCUCACUGUAAUCCAUGGAAAACAGUUUUAAGGUUGAAAGAUCCGAUAAGGUUUGCCAAGUUUAUGGAAGGCGAUUCACAUUUGUCCGACGAUGAGUCGCGGGAACACGAUAUCGAGAUUACAAGAAUAAUAGAAGAGUGUGAAUAUACGGAUGAUGAGGAUUAUUUGUGAUAAAUGUAUAUAAGAAUCGUUAGUUUUAUUAAAAGAUCAAUUCAGUGCAAAUUAAUAAAUUCAUAAUUCAUAUGUACAUAAAUACGAGCUUCCAUCCAAUUUUGCACGAUAUUUAUUCAAAAUUGUUCCAAGUGUUUCGAAUGUUAUUAAAAAGAAAUUGUAUUUUGCAUCUCCAAAUUUUUACUCUGAAAUAUUGUAUUUUGUAAUUUAACAUGUAACUACUUUUUUACUUAACUGUAAGUACUUCUUUCAUUAUUUAUUGUGUGAUUUUCAAAUAAACUUGUUGAUUUCAAUGUUUAUUGUAAA